AGUCGGUUCGGGGCCUCGGCAACUUCCGGGUUCCGCGUUUGCCUGGGGUGGGGGCGCCGCGGGGUGCGGCGGGUGUGCGCCGGGCUGGCGCCCGACCCCAGCCGCUCUCCCGCUGGCUGCGCGCGCCCCCACACGCUGUCCCCAAACCCCCGAGCUCCACGGAGUUCAAAAAUGUCCAAAAAUGACAAAGAACCGUUUUUUGUGAAGUUUUUAAAGUCUCCAGACAAUUCCGAAUGCUUUCUUAAAGCUCUUGAGUCAAUAAAAGAGUUCCAGUCCGAAGAAUAUCUUCAGAUUAUUACAGAAGAAGAGGCAUUGAAGAUAAAGGAGAAUGAUAGAUCACUUUAUAUCUGUGACCCUUUUAGUGGUGGUGUCUUUGAUCACCUCAAAAAGCUUGGCUGCAGAAUUGUAGGUCCUCAAGUAGUCAUAUUUUGUAUGCAGCACCAGCGAUGUGUCCCAAGAGCUGAGCAUCCAGUUUAUAAUAUGGUUAUGUGUGAUGUAACUGUAUCUUGUACAAGCCUGGAAAAAGACAAAAGGGAAGAAGUUCAUAAAUAUGUACAAAUGAUGGGUGGACGUGUAUACAGAGACCUUAAUGUAUCAGUAACUCACCUUAUUGCCGGAGAAGUUGGUAGCAAAAAAUAUUUAGUUGCUGCAAAUCUAAAGAAACCGAUUUUGCUUCCUUCUUGGGUUAACACGCUUUGGGAGAAGUCACAAGAGAAUACAAUAACUAGAUAUACUGAUAUAAACAUGGAAGACUUCAAGUGUCCUGUUUUUCUUGGUUGCAUAAUCUGUGUGACUGGCUUGUGUGGCUUAGAAAGGAAGUCCGUUCAGCAACUUACAGUUAAGCAUGGAGGCCAAUACAUGGGACAGUUGAAAAUGAAUGAAUGUACACACCUCAUUGUGCAAGAACCAAAAGGUCAAAAAUAUGAAUGUGCCAAGCGAUGGAAUGUACACUGUGUGACCACACAGUGGUUUUUUGAUAGUGUUGAGAAAGGUUUUUGUCAGGAUGAAUCCAUGUACAAGACAGAACCUAGACCAGAAACAAACACUAUGCCUGAUACCUCAACUCCUGCUGGCCAGAUCCACACAAUUAAUAGUCGUACUCUUUCAGAUGUCAGCAAUAUUUCCAGCAUCAAUGCAAGCUGCAUAAAUGAAUCGAUAUAUAAUUCCAUUUUAAAUAGCAAAGUGGAGCCUGUACUUGAAAAUCUAGAAAAUCUGGAUGUCAGUGCAUUUCAAGCACCUGAAGAUUUAUUAGAUGGUUGUCGGAUAUAUCUUUGUGGUUUUAGUGGCAGAAAACUAGAUAAACUGAGAAGGCUUAUUAACAGUGGAGGUGGAGUUCGUUUUAACCAGCUCAAUGAAGAUGUAACUCAUGUUAUUGUGGGAGAUUAUGAUGAUGAAUUGAAGCAGUUUUGGGAUAAAUCAGCCCACAGGCCUCAUGUAGUGGGAGCAAAAUGGUUGCUACAGUGUUUUAGUAAAGGUUAUAUGCUUCCUGAAGAGACAUAUAUCCAUGCUAAUUACAAACCAGUGGAAAUUCCAGUUUCAGAUCAACCUGAAAGUAAAACAGCCCUUUUAAAAAAGAACAACAGCUUCUCCAAGAAAGACUUUGCUUCUGCUGAAAAGCAUGAGCAAGCUGAUGAAGAUCUGCUCUCUCAAUAUGUAAAUAAUAAUGCAACAGUAGUUGAAGCUGCAAAGUCUGAAGUUGGGGCCUUGAAUGACACUACUCAUGUUGAGCCCUUUAAUGAUUCUACUCAUAUUUCUCUGCAAGAAGAAAACCAAUCUUCUGUCAGUCAUGGCCCCCCUGAUGACUCUACAAUUACUGAAGGUUUAUUUAGCCAAAAGAGUUUCCUUGUUUUGGGUUUUAAUAAUGAAAAUGAGUCUAACAUUGCAACUGCCAUAAGAGAAAACGCUGGGACAACUGUAUCCCUUCAGAGCAGAAUUGUUGCCGAUUAUGCUGUGGUUCCUCUGCUGGGGUCUGAAAUAGAAGCAGCUGUGGGAGAAGUUGUUACAAAUACGUGGCUGGUAACUUGUAUAGAGUAUCAGACAUUAAUUGAUCCCAAGUCAAGUCCUCUCUUCAAGCCAAUCUCAGUAAUGGCAGGAAUGACUCCUUUAGAGGAUUGUGUUAUUUCCUUCAGCCAGUGUGUGGGAGCAGAAAAAGAUUCAUUGACAUUCUUAGCAAAGUUCCUUGGAGCAAGCGUUCAAGAAUUCUUUGUUCGCAAAUCCAAUGCAAAGAAAGGCAUGUUUGCUAGUACACAUCUUGUGUUGAAAGAACCAAGUGGUUCUAAAUAUGAAGCUUCCAAGAAGUGGAAUUUACCGGCGGUUACGAUAGCUUGGCUGUUGGAGUCUGCUAGAAUGGGAAGGAGAGCAACUGAGAACCAUUUUCUGAUUGAAAAUUCAACUAAAGGAGAGCGAAGCUUAGAAACUAAAAUAACAAAUGGGGUGAAUCUCAAUUCAGAUGCUCCGGAGCAUCCUGCCAUGAGCCUGGAAACUCACAGAAAAGCAGCUGUUACUCCGUUAGAUAUGAACCGCUUUCAGAGUAAAGCUUUCCGUGCUGUGAUCUCACAGCACACCGGGCAGGCUCCACUGCCCGCUCCCGCAGCACAGCCGCUGCAGAAGGAGCCCUCGUUAGACCUGGAUACGCCAUCAAAAUUUCUGUCCAAGGACAAACUCUUCAAGCCUUCCUUUGAUGUAAAGGAUGCACUGGCAGCCUUAGAAACUCCAGGAGGGCCUAGCAAAAAGAAGAGGAAACUGAGUACACCGCUCUCUGAAGUCAUUGGCAGAAACCUGAAGCUUGCCUUGGCAAAUAGCUCACGAGAUGCUGUGGCUCUUUCUGCCAGCCCUCCACUGAAGGACGCUCAAUCAGAGAAGGAAGAAGCUCCAAAGCCACUUCACAAGGUAGUGGUAUGUGUUAGUAAGAAACUCAGUAAGAAGCAGAGUGAACUAAACGGGAUUGCGGCUUCUCUAGGAGCAGAUUACAGGUGGAAUUUUGAUGAAACAGUGACUCAUUUCAUCUAUCAAGGGCGACAGAAUGAUGCUAAUCGAGAAUAUAAAUCUGUCAAAGAAAGAGGAAUACACAUUGUUUCAGAGCACUGGCUUUUAGAAUGUGCCCAGGAGUAUAAGCACCUUCCCGAAUCUCUGUAUCCACACACGUAUAAUCCCAAAAUGAGCUUGGAUAUCAGCGCAGUGCAAGGUGACAGACUCUGUAAUAGUCAACUGCUCUCAGCUGAUGGGACAACAAAGAAUGGUGAGCCAGAUCAUUUGCCUGCAGAAGAAAAUGAUAUAGAUAAUAUGACCACCAGUAACAAAGAAGUAGCAACAUCAAAUGGAAAUGGAAGGAAUGACUCUAAAGGAGCACUGACACAGACCUUGGAGAUGAGAGAGAAUAUCCAAAAGCAGCUUCAGGAGAUAAUGUCUGCAACAUCAAUAGUGAAACCCCAAGGGCAAAGGACCUCCCUUUCAAGAAGUGGUUGUAACAGUGCUUCUUCAACCCCCGACAGCGCUCGCUCCGCCCGCAAUGGACGAAGUAGAGUCCUGGAGGCCCUGAGGCAGUCUCGUCAAACAGUACUUGAUACCAACACAGAGCCCUCCCAGAAUGAACAGAUCAUUUGGGAUGACCCUACAGCCAGAGAGGAGAGGGCCAGGCUUGCCAGCAACUUGCAGUGGCCAAUUUGCCCCACACAAUACUCUGAACCUCAGGUUGACAUUAGAAAUUUGGAGGAUUCUCCUUUCCAGGAGCCUUUCCAUGAUUUGAAAACUGCUGAACAGGCUGUCUGUGAUCCUGGUAAUGUGUGUGUGACUGAAGCUCCAAAACACCCCACCUCUGAAGAACUGGAAACCCCAACAAAAGACAGCCACCUGAUCCCGACGCCUCAAGCCCCCAGUAUUGCGUUCCCCCUGGCCAACCCACCAGUGGCUCCACACCCUAGAGAAAAGAUAACAAUAGAGGAGACUCAUGAAGACUUAAAAAAACAGUACACAUUUCAGUUGUCAUCUCUGAAUCCUCAAGAACGUAUUGAUUAUUGUCAUCUGAUUGAGAAACUAGGUGGAUCGGUAAUAGAGAAGCAGUCCUUCGAUCCCAGCUGCACCCAUAUUAUUGUGGGGCAUCCACUUCGAAAUGAGAAGUAUUUAGCCUCAGUGGCGGCUGGGAAGUGGGUUCUUCAUCGCUCAUACCUUGAAGCAUGCAGGACUGCGGGGCGUUUUGUGGCGGAAGAAGACUAUGAGUGGGGAAGUAGUUCCAUACUUGAUGCUUUGACUGGAAUCAGUGCACAGCAACGCAGACUAGCACUUGCAGCAAUGAGAUGGAGGAAAAAAAUCCAGCAGAGUCAAGAAUCGGGCAUUGUUGAGGGGGCGUUUAGCGGGUGGAAGGUUAUUUUACAUGUUGCCGAUCAGAACCGAGAAGCCGGAUUCAGACGGCUGCUUCAGUCCGGAGGAGCAAAGGUGCUACCUGGUCAUUCUGUGCCUUUAUUUAAAGAAGCCACACAUCUCUUUUCUGACUUUAAUAAACUGAAACCAGAUGACUCAGGACUUAAUAUAGCAGAAGCUGCUGCCCAGUACGUGUACUGCUUGAAAACAGAAUACAUUGCCGAUUACCUCAUGCAGGAAACCCCUCCUCCAGUAGAAAAUUACUGUCUCCCAGAAGCUGUUUCCUUUCUUCAGAAUUAUAAGGAACUGGGGUCUGGAUUAUCACAAAAGAGAAAAGCUCCUCCAGAGAAAAAUGCCACCAAACGGCCUCGGGUGAACUGAUCGCACCUGCUCUUCAGUUACCAGACCGCAGCGUGUUUGAAUUCAGAGCCUGGAUGUUCUGUGAGGAUUUGUGAAGAACUCCGCUCAGGGUGGAAGGAUGACCCAGCUUGAAGUUAGUUUUUAACACUUGAAAUUUCAAUCAGUGAAAUAUUAACUGUUCCUGAAGGGAGAGUUCCCUGAAAUAACAAAACACAACCCCUCAGCUAGCUUGUUAUUAAAACACGUUGAAGUGUGCAAGGGGCUUUUUAUGGAUUUUCUUGUAAAGAUUGGAGGCUGUAGCUUAGUGGGAGUUUUAUUAGCAAGGUGAUGGAUUUUGCUUAAACUAUCUGCUUUUAUUCAUAACAAGGAAGUUUAUUGGGAUUUAUUCAUGCUUUCCUGAUUUUUAAAUUCUCACCAUUUUACCUCUUUAACAGGAGCCUGAGCACAAGGUUUAAUGAGGAACUGAGGCUUUAAACUUAAAAUGUGUGUGUAUAUAUGUAUAUGUAUGUUUGUACAAAUCUCCAUGAUGUUUGCUAAGUUUGGAUGCCAAACUUAGAAAAUAAAGACAAUAAAGAAUAAAAGUCAUAUGUUUUUUA